AUGGCAUCUCAGAACGGGGACUUUCCGCAGCUACACUCUUUGUUGGACCAACGUAAUGACUCCGAAGCUCGCUUAUUAUGCCAAAAGAUUUUGGGUUCCUUGGGUAAUCAUACACAACUUGAAGAAAUAAGACAUCGACCUCAAGCAAUUUACGGUAAGACACUCUUUUACAUUUUAUAUUUUGUAUUUUAGUAUGGGGUCUUGGACUGACUUUCGUCACUUUGAUAAGUUUAUGUGCAAUGGUGGGAAUAUUGUUCAUGAGAUGUUUAAAGAAGAGCGUGUUCAAUAAAUUUAUUACCUUCUUCGUUAGUCUGGGAGUUGGAUCGCUUAGUGGUUCGGCGGUUUUCCAUCUUUUGCCCCAGGUAAACGGAUUAACAUAGAUUUGUUUUAUGUCUCGUCGUGUUUAUUCUGUCUUUUUCAGGCUUUCGGAUUAGUGGAUGAAUUCAACCCGAACGCCAAUCAUGAAUACCUUUACAAGGCUCUUGCGGCCAUUAUCGGAAUCUACUUGUUCUUCUUUUGUGACAAGGCUAUUAAAAUCAUCUUAGAGACAAGAAAGGUUUGCGAGUGUUUUGUUAGUGUGAUUGUUUGUUUAGAAGAGAAAGGCCGAGAUUGAACUCCCUACUCGAAAUGGGGCGAAGUAUGAUAACAACGAUGUGAACUCUGGCAGGUCUUCUGACGCUUUGAUUUCCAAUGGUAAACCUCACAAUCAUGUCGACAAACAUUUGGCCCACGUGCGCCGUCAGGAUAGUGAGGCUGAAGAGAGUAUGCACAGACAAGUAAGUGGUACCUUGCAUUGCUAAAUCUGGUUUUAGGCACAUGCUGUUUGCGUACAUGAUCAUGACAUGGAAUACAAACAAGGAGAUUCCGUUAUCGCGACAGUCGCGUGGAUGAUCAUUUUUGGAGAUGGCUUGCACAAUCUGAUUGAUGGGAUCAGCAUUGGAGCUGCCUUUUCGGAAUCUCUUCUUUCUGGAGUCAGUGUUUCUGUAGCUGUUUUGUGCGAGGAAUUCCCUCACGAACUCGGAGAUGUGGCUAUUUUGGUAUCGGCUGGUAUGACUUUGCGUCAGGCCUUGGUCUACAACUUGCUUAGUGCAAUGUCUUGUUAUAUCGGCUUUUUCAUCGGUGUUCUGCUGGGAAACGUGGACGAUUCUUUCGCGUCGUACGCAUUUGGGUUUGCUGGUGGAAUGUUCUUGUAUAUUUCGUUGGCUUGUAUGAUGCCGGAGAUGAAGAAUGCAAUGGAGGAGGCCUUGAAUAUAUCCUUGUCUUACAGUCUGGAGGUCCUGUUUUUCCAGGCCUCAGGCAUGGUUUGUGGUCUUUGCUUGAUGGCUUGCAUGGCUAGAUACGGCGGUCAAAUCUCUUUCGAGUAA